CUUGUAUGGCAGGCGGCAGCUAAUUCGCCGGACUGUGGAAAAAGCUUCCGCACCGGUCAGAUGUUAUCGUUGUUGAUUUGUGUGAAAUAAUUUGGUGAAAAAACUGUGUAAUUUAAAUGAACAUCAGAAAUACGCACAGAUUGAUAGAAAAUUAACCAAACAUGGUUGUGAUUUCGAGAAUUUUCUCUCGUACAGGUACAGGUUACGGCAAAUUGCAAGCAGCAAGAAUACUACACAAUGCAACCAGGAAAAAUAGUUCGACGGCCACCUCGGAGCUGUCGGUGGAAUCACACGUUGAAGCGCCAAAAGAAAAUAUCAAGCGAAACACAUCAUUUUCCGACAGAUAUCGAUUUAUAUAUCCAGAAUUUUUGCCGGAACCGGAUACGAAGUAUCGAAAUCCACUUAGAGAGAAGUUGGAGCGCAUGGACAUGUUAGCGAGGCGAGCGCACAUAGUAAUACCCGAAUUUUACAUCGGUUCCAUACUAGCUGCAACUUAUUCCGAACCCCAUGCUCCUGGAAAAGUCAACAGAUUCGUCGGUAUAUGCAUUCAGAGAGUUGGAACUGGAUUGAGAUCUAUGUUUAUACUGAGAAAUGUAGUUGACAAUCAAGGUGUUGAAGUGUCCUUCAAUGUGUACGAUCCUGUGCUACAUAAAAUAGAGUGCCUCAGACUCGAGAAAAGAAUGGACCCACAUCUAAGAUAUCUGCGAGAUGCGCCACUGGAACACAGUACCUUUCCAUUUGACAUGGAACCAGAAUAUUUGCCAGAAGGCACACCGGUGCCUGUAAAUAAAACUGUAAUAGAGCUAUAUGAUCGACGACUGUGGACGGAAAAAUGGGAAAUUCAAGAACUGAAAGGUAUAGCAAACACAUACACGCUCACAAAGAACCGCGCUAGGAAAGCCAAGGCUAAUGAAAAACCUUGGGAAAAAUACGAUCUGAUGAAAACAUAUAGAGAAACUAUUCCUCUAGAAGAACAGGAUGAAAUAUUCAGCGAAGUAUAUGAGAAAUUACGCAAAUUGGAGAUUUCUCAAUACAAGCAGAGACAUAAACGCACUUUUGUACGUCCAAAGAAAACUGGGUAAAACUAUCGCGAACGAUUAUGCAUCUUUUAGAUUUUUGAUGAUAUAAAGAAAAAAGUAAGCAAAUCUAAUUUUUCGUUUUAUUUGUACAAUUCUAUACGCGUGCAUAUAUGUGUACUUGUCAGUAAUGUGUAUAUAUGAUAAGUACCUGUAAUUCGUUCCCUGAAAAUAUAUGACGAUUAGUAUAAAAUGUCA